GAGGGGCCCGCGGACGCCGGGGCGGCGAUGGCCCGAGAGCUAAGCCAAGCGGCACUGCUGGACUUCCUGUGCCGGGCCGGGGGGAGGGUGGCCAACGCCGCGCUGCUGAGCCACUUCAGGAGCUUCCUCCGAGACCCCGACGCGCCCCCCGGCCAGCACCAGCGCCGCCGCGAGCUCUUCAAGGGCUUCGUCAACGCGGUCGCCGCGGUGCGCCAGGACCCCGACGGCACCAAGUAUGUGGUGCUCAAGAGGAGGUACAGGCACCUUCUGGGGCAGGGGGGGCUGCAGCGACCCCGCGCCCCGCCCGCGGCCGCCGCCCCUGCAGGAGGAGCUGCGUCCGGCUCUGGGCAGGGCGCGGGCGGGGGACCGCAGCCUCCCGGGGCGCAGCGGCGCGGGGAGGAGCCCGAGCGGGAGCCCGAGCGGGAGCCGGCAGGUGCCGCAGCCCCAGCGCCGCACGCAGCUCGCCGCGGACCCGCAGCCCGCGGCGCCCGGGAGGCACCCCCGGGAGGCGGCCCUGGGCCCCGGGCAGCAGCGAGGGGCGCGGCCGCGGAGACGCGAGGCCGCUGCCGGGAUCGCCUCGCGAGCAGCCCGCAGGCUCUGCCGGGGAAGCAGGGGCUCGGGGCCGCCCCGGACGCCGCCACCCCCGGGGAUGAGCCCGGGGCUGCGGGGCGGGGGCCGCGAGGACAGCCCGCAGCGCCCCGCUCGCCUCCCGCACGCGUCGAGGCCGUUGGCGGCCGGGCUCCCCCGCAGGCGCUCCCGUCCCGCGCCGUGUCCCCCGGGAGCGCACCGGAGCCGCUGGCCCUGGGCUCUCUGCCUCACCCCACCCUGCGGCAGCGGCAGCCCCAGACACCCAGGGCCCGUGACCAAGGCCCCGUCCGAGCCUGGUCCGUGCUACCGGACAGCUUCCCCCGGCCACCCUCGGAGCGGACCUGCUGGGUCGGGACCCCUACCUCGGAGCCUGCAGACCCCACGCUCCCCUCUCACUCUGCCCUUCCUGCUGUUCCGGAAUCCUGUCCCGAGAACCCUCCUUUGACAGUCUUUCGUAGUAUUCGGUGUCAGCUGUCCCUCCAAGAUCUGGAUGACUUUGUGGACCAAGAGAGCCAUGGCAGUGAGGAGAGCAGCAGUGGGCCCAAGGAGUCUCCUGGGGGUUCCGAAGGGGGGCUGCAGGUUGCUCUGGGAACCCCAGGUGGGAGAAAGCUCAGGAAUCCGGCAGGAGGUCUUUCUCCAAAGGAGGGCGGCCUCAGGGACGGAGGGGACGGUCACGCCUCUCAGCAGCUCUCAACAGAGGCGAAUGGCCUUGCAGGCCACCCCCGGGAGUCUCUACCCCGGCCAGCCCCCAAGUUAAGGAGAUCCCUGAGGAGGAGCUCUCCGGCUCGGAUAGCCAAACUGUCUUCUUCUGAUGAGGAGUAUCUUGAGCACGACUUGCUUAAAAGGACUCGUCGCCCACCACGAUCCAGGAAACCCUCCAAGGCAGGAGCAGUGUCCAGCCCAAGAGUGGAUGCUGUUUUGAUACCAAAGCCUGCAGACCUGAAGGCUGCUGUUGCGGAGUGGGGUUGGCCAUACACCUCCUGGGCCCCGGCUGGGGCGGAGUCUACAGCCUUGGUCCCACAAAGACCUGAGCACAAGUCAUCUGUGAUCCCCCUAGAUGCCAGGGAGCAUGAAUGGAUUGUGAAGCUUGCCAGUGGCUGUUGGAUUCGGGUGUUGACUUUGUUUUGGGAGGACCCCCAGCUGGCUCUGCACAAAGACUUCUUGACUGGGUACACUGCGUUGCACUGGAUAGCCAAACAUGGUGACCUCAGGGCGCUCCAGGACUUUGUCUCCAGUGCACAGAAAGCGGGCAUUGCUCUUGAUGUGAAUGUGAAGUCCAGUUGUGGGUAUACCCCUCUGCACCUUGCAGCCAUUCACGGCCACCAGGGGGUCAUCAAAUUGCUAGUGCAAAGGUUGGCUUCUCGGGUGAAUGUCCGAGACUGCAGCGGAAAGAAGCCAUGGCAGUAUCUGACCAGUGAUACCUCGGGGGAAAUAUGGCAGCUACUAGAAGCUCCUCGGGGCAGGCCCAUUUUCCCCGUCUAUCCUUUAGCCCGAAGCUCUUCCCCCACCAGGAAGGCCAGGAGCCGGGAAAUAUCUAGAAAUAUCACUCGCAAGACUUCCUUUGCUGCACUACUCAAAAAUCAGCACAGCAAGUGGAAAUUGGCCAACCAGUAUGAGAAAUUCCCCAAUCCAAGAGAAAGGGAAGAGUACAGUGACUGAAGUGGUCCUCUCUUCCACCAUCCCCUCAUCCUUGAGAUGUUCAGUGUGAAAAUUCAAGGGCAAUAGAAAAAUUGCAGAAGUGUUGGUAAGGAAAAGAUUGAUCAUGGGAGAUGGCCUACCUUGUGUUCACCUGCCUGGGUAUCAUGUCAGCAUAUCCCAGACCUUACGGAGUCAUCCAGGCUUUCUGGCAGCUCAAGUCUCUGGGCCAGUGAAACCUAGACAUAGAGCAGAGUCAGGUGUUUAAAACCCAGGAGGUGUUCUUCCUCUUUCCUUGCCACCACAGACCUGGGCACAGUGAGCCACGUUGUUUUCCGAAGCAGCUACCCCAGGCCUUGGCUACAGAGGGAACAAAUAUCUAAGAGGAAGGGAGGCAAUUCAAGGGAUUAGUGAAGCACCAAAUCUCUCUGGCUAGUAGCUCUCUGGCUCCUAUUCAUUUGAAGGCUAAAUCUUGGCUGAGAGUGGAAAGCACCAGCUUUGAAAUCACAUGGCUCUUGCAUCCUCGUUUUUGUUUCCUUUCCUCCUUCUUUCUUUCCUUCCUUCCUUCCUUUCUUUUUUCUUUCUCCUUUCUUUCUUUCUUUUUUUUUUUUUAAUAUUUCAUUCAUUUAUUCAUG